CUCUGGAAAGGAGCUUUCCACGAGAGGUUGCAGAUGAUGCUAUCCGCUCAAACAUUUGUGGGGAGAGUUCUGGUGAUACUGGUGUUCCUAAUGAGCAUUGGAUCCCUCAUUAUCUACAUUAUCAACUGUGCCUCACCUAUAGAAUACUUCAGCUCGUUCCCAGAUGAAACCCUUCCUGUAGAUAUGGGCUUCAAUACCUUCUUCCUCUUCUAUUUUGGAUUACGGUUCUUGGCAGCUGACGACAAGCUGAAAUUCUGGCUGGAGCUGAACUCCAUUGUGGAUUUCUUCACUAUUCCUCCAGUCUGUGCCUCCUAUUAUUUGAAGAGGAACUGGCUUGGUUUUCGAUUUUUGCGAGCGCUCAGGUUGCUGGAACUUCCCAAAAUAUUGCAGUUUCUGAAGAUCACCAAGACCAGUAAUUCAAUCAAGCUGGUCAAACUGUUAGCUGUAUUUCUCAGCACCUGGCUCACGUCUGCAGGGUUUAUUCACCUGGUGGAGAAUUCUGGAGAUCCUUGGAUCAAUUAUGACAAUUCUCAAUUCCUGAGCUAUUUUGAAUGUUUGUACUUGAUAAUGGCAACUAUGUCAACCGUUGGCUAUGGAGAUGUUGUAGCUAAAACUUGCCUUGGUCGUGUUUCCAUGAUUUUCUUCAUCAUUGGCGGGUUGGUCCUGUUUGCAAAUUUCAUCCCUGAAAUUGCGGAUAUUGUUGAAAGCAACAAAAAAUAUGAAGGGUCCUACACGGUGGUAAAAGGAAGAAAAUAUAUUGUUGUCUGCGGUAAUAUCACUCUGGAGAGCGUGACUGCUUUCCUGCGAGACUUCCUGCCCCAGGACACAGGAGAUAUUUGCACUGAGAUACUCUUUCUGGGAGAAUCUCUUCCUAGCCUGGAGCUGGAAGCUGUAUUCAAUUGCUAUUCACCCUACACCACUUUCUUCCAUGGUUCUGCACUGAACGAUGAAGAUCUGAAGCGAGUUCAGAUGGGAUCUGCAAAUGCAUGUCUGAUCCUUGCAGACAUUUGUUCUUCAGAACCUUACACUGAAGACACUUCCAAUAUUAUGAGGGUGCUCUCUAUCAAGAAUCACUAUCCAAACACCAGAGUCAUCAUACAGAUAAUCCAGUCACAUAACAAGGUAUACCUGCCGAACAUCCCCAACUGGGACUGGAGAAUAGGGGACAGCAUCAUCUGUUUUGCCGAACUAAAACUUGGAUUUAUAGCACAAAGUUGCUUGGUUCCAGGGCUGUCCACCCUCCUAACCAGUUUGUUUGUGAGGAAGGAGAGUGCUGAGGUAAAGAGAAAAAGCGUGAGGCACAGGAAUGUUUUGAAAGGCAGUGCCUAUCAAGUGAUGACUUACAAGCUCUCCAAUGAUUUUGUAGGCAUGUCUUUUCCAGAGGUUUGCCGGUUGUGCUUUGUGAAGCUGAACCUUGUGCUGUUUGCUGUCGAGUUCAGGUUUGGCGUUCAUGGGAACAGUAUCCUAAUCAACCCGUCUGCAAAGAUAAUGCUCCAUCGAAAUGUAAUGGGCUUUUUUAUUGCCAAAUCCAUGGCAGAAGUCAAAAGGGCGCAUUUUUACUGUAAAGCCUGCCAUAGUGAUAUUGAUAAUCCAAAACUGAUUGAAAAAUGUCAUUGUAGAAGCAAACUUCGGAGGAGAACCAUUACAGAAAAGCUGAAAGCCCGCCGAGAAACUCUGUGCGUUCCAGACCAGGACCCGGUAAAGUCAAGGUCUCUUGGGGUUCUUCCUCCUUCGAGUUAUGCUGCCAGCGCAUCAGAUGUCAUGGGGGACAAGAAUAGUGAUGCCAUGCUUGAUUCAACAGGAAUGUUUCAUUGGUGCCAUGCUGUGUCUUUGGAAAAAGCCAUCCUGAAUCCAAAGAAAGAAGCCACCUCAGACCUGCAUGAUCAUAUUGUGGUAUGUGUCUUUGGGGAUGCCAACACAACACUCAUUGGUUUGCGGGACUUUGUGAUGCCUUUACGAGCUAGCAACUUCACUUACGAGGAGCUGAGAGACAUCGUCUUUGUCGGGUCUCUGGAGUACCUGAAAAGAGAAUGGGGAUUUAUCCAGAAUUUCCCAAAGCUGUGGUUGUACCAGGGUAGUGCUCUUUCCUGUGCUGACCUGAAGUCUGUUAACAUAAGGCACUGCGCCAUGUGUGCUAUCCUGUCCUAUAGCUCCAAGUCAUCUAGUAGUCCAAUCCUGGUGGACACAGAAAGCAUCCUGGCCACACUUAACAUUCGAGCCAUGCAGUUUAAGUGCAGCACAGUCUCUGAAGAGGCAGUUGGCAGAGUGAGAACAUUGGAGAAUCAAUCAGUGCUAUAUUAUAAAAGGAUCCCCAUCAUCACAGAGCUGAAAUCCAUGUCAAAUGCCCACUUUAUUGAUCAGAGUGCUGGAAGCAGCGGGUCGCAGAUCCCAGAGCAGGAGCUGCAUCUCUCCACCCCUUUUUCCAGUGGAGCUAUCUUCUCAGAUAGUUUUUUGGAUUCUCUUCUGUCCACUACCUACUGUAACCACCAUGUCUUAGCUUUGCUCCAGACUCUGGUGACGGGUGGGACAAGCCCAGAGCUGGAGGAGCAGCUUGCAGAGAAGAAUGAACUGAGUGCCAGUGACAACAGCAUAUCAUAUGUUGCACCUAGGGUGAGGUGCAAGCUGGCUCUUUUGCCACUGUGGAAGGAACUUGCAGCAGUUUCCCCAGAGGACUGUUUCGGAGAUGUUUUCUGCAAAGCAUUAGACUUGUUUGGAAUCCUUUGCUUUGGCCUCUACCGUCUCAUAGAAGAGCCUAAUCCGUACAAGAACAGGGGAGUAUAGUGUGUGAUUGCUCGGCCUCCGAACAAUUUCAAGAUGUUGCCUACAGAUCUGCUCUUUUGUGUUGUCCCAUUCAACAUCUCAACAACCAGUAGCCUGUCUGACUGGGCAGAGGCUCUGCCCCCAAGCAGGCAGCCAAGCCCAACGGACUACUCCAAGGCUGACAUGGAAGUGAAUGCAUGA